AUGACGGCUCCCGUAGUCGUCAUGGAAAAGACCGACAAGAGAGACUUCCUCACAGCCAUAGAGGCCAAAGUCCAGACCUCGUGGCAGUCCGCGCAUCUCUUUGAGGUAGAUCCUCCUUGCCUUCCCGAAAAUGUCAAAUCCUACACCGACUUCUUCGCAACCAACCAAUCCAUGGCGGAUGUCCAAGCAAAGCACCCCAAAUGGUUCGGCACCUUCCCCUACGCCUACAUGAACGGUGCUUUCCAUCUCGGCCACGCCUUCACCAUCAGCAAAAUCGAAUUCGCUGCUGGGUUCGAGCGUAUGAGGGGCAAGAGGGUCCUCUUCCCGCUAGGAUACCAUGUGACGGGCAUGCCCAUCAAGACCUCCGCAGACAAGCUCGUCCGCGAGAUGGAGAUGUUUGGCGAUGACUUCUCCGGAUAUAGCGAGGACGCCGAGGUCGCUCCGACCGCAACCGUGGCGGUCAAGUCCCUCGAGUCCAUCGACCCCUCCAAAGCCAAAAAAGGCAAGCUCAACGCCAAGAGCACCGGUCUCACCUACCAAUUCCAAAUCCUCGAGCUGCUGGGCGUGCCGCGCGACGAGAUCAAGCAGUUUGCCGACUCUCAGCACUGGCUGCAUUACUUUCCUCCCAUCGCUAAGCACGAUCUCGACGGGCUCGGCGCCAGGAUAGACUGGAGGCGGCAAUUCUUGACGACCAACGCCAAUCCCUACUACGACUCAUUCGUCCGAUGGCAGAUGAACAAGCUUCAUCAGCAGGGCAAAAUCAAGUUCGGGAAGCGCUACACCAUCUACUCGCCCAAAGACGGCCAACCCUGCAUGGAUCACGACAGGUCCAGCGGAGAAGCGGUCAAUCCCCAAGAGUACACUGCAGUCAAAAUGCAAGUGCUAGAGUGGGGACCGAGCAUGCCCGGCGAGGUACUCCAGGCUAUCGGCGGCCGCACGGUUCAGAUGGUUGCCGCCACUCUGCGCCCAGAGACAAUGUACGGCCAGACCAACUGCUUCGUAGGACCUACCCUCGAGUACGGCCUGUAUGAAGCCUCCGAUACCGAGCUCUUCCUCAUCACUGAGCGAUCCGCACGAAACAUGGCCUUCCAGGGCACCUUUGAUCGCCCUCGCGGGGUGGUUGAAAAGGUGGCCAGUAUCAAAGGCGCAGACAUCAUCGGGACCAAGGUCCGCCCGGCGUUCGGCUUGGUCACAGAGGUCUUCGUGCUGCCCAUGGAGGGGGUUUUGGCGACCAAGGGAACUGGAGUGGUUACUUCUGUCCCCUCCGACUCGCCCGAUGACUACCGGACGCUCAUGGACCUCCGGAAGAAGCCGGAGAUGUACAAGAUCCGCCCGGAAUGGGCCGCGGUCAAUCCCAUCCCCGUCCUCUCCACCCCCAAGUACGGCGACAUGGCGGCCGAAACCCUCUGCACCCAGUUCAAAAUCCAAUCUCAGCGCGAUGUCAAACAGCUGGCCGAGGCCAAGGACCUCGCCUACAAGGAAGGCUUUUACAACGGUACCAUGACCAUCGGCGAUUUCAAAGGCCUUGCCGUCGCCGAAGCCAAGCCAAAGGUCAGGCAACAGAUGAUCGACCAACAGCUUGCCGUAGCUUAUGCCGAGCCCGAGAGCGAAGUCAUCUCGCGCAGUGCGGAUGUCUGCGUGGUCGCGCUCGCCGAUCAGUGGUACCUCGACUAUGGAGAGGAGGAAUGGAAAGCAGCCGCCAAAAACCUUCUUGCGCGUAUGAACACAUACCUGCCCGAAACUCGGAACGCCUUCGAAGCGGUGCUCGAUUGGCUCAACCAGUGGGCAUGUGCUCGUUCGCACGGUCUCGGAUCCAAGCUCCCCUGGGACCCCCAGUUCCUCGUCGAAUCGCUGUCCGACUCGACUAUCUACAUGUCCUACUACACUGUCGCCAAUCUCCUCCACAAGGACAUGUGGGGAGCCGAGCCAGGAGAGCUCGGCAUCACCGCCGACCAAAUGACGGACGAAGUUUGGGAAUACGUCCUGGGAUCCGCCGCUCCCCCAUCGACGGGGAUCUCGCCCGAGAGCGCCGCCCAGCUCAAAUACCACUUCCAGUACUUCUACCCCCUCGACGUCCGCUCCUCGGGCAAGGAUCUCAUUCCCAACCACCUGACAUUCUGGGUGUAUGUCCACGCCGCCCUCUUCCCGGAGCACCACUGGCCUCGCGCGGUACGGACGAACGGCCAUCUUUUGCUCAACGGCAAAAAGAUGAGCAAGAGUACUGGCAACUUUUUGACAAUGAACGAUGCGACCAAAAAGUAUGGCGCCGACGCCAUGCGCCUGACUCUCGCCGAUGCAGGAGACGACAUUUCAGAUGCCAACUUUGAAGAGACUGUCGCCAAUGCCGCAAUUCUGCGUCUGCACACUGCGGUUCUCUGGGCCGAGGAAAUGAAGAAUGUAUCCUCCACUCUGCGCCAGGGCGAGUUGAACGAGUUUGACCGAGGGUUCCAGGCCGAGAUGGAUACGCUCACCCGAGGCGCAUACGACGCAUAUGAAAAAAUGGAGUACAAGACGGCGCUCAAGCUCGGUCUGUACGACUAUGAGAACGCUCGCAACUGGUAUCGGACCGUCUCCUCCCCGGACAACGGCGGCUCCGGCAUGCAUCGCGACCUCGUCUUCGCUUUCAUCCGAAACAACGCCCUCCUCCUCGCACCUUUCACACCACACUUCUCAGAACACAUCUGGCAAACGGUCCUCGGCGAAUCCUCGUCCGUUCAAACCGCACCAUUCCCCAAGCCUACAUCCAAUCCCGACAAAUCUACCCUUCAACAGCUCGACUACAUGCGGGGCGUCGUUGACAGCAUUCGGAGCGCAGAAGCACUCGUGGCGCGGCGUAAGGGGGGCAAGGGCAAGAGCGAAGCGCCGUAUGAUCCGUCACGCCCGAAGUGUGCACGGAUCUACGUUGCCAGCGACUUCCCAACUUGGCAGAAGGAUGGCCUCGCCAUUGUCCGGGGCUGUUGGAACGCGUCAAACAACGAGUUCGACGAAGGCAAGAUGAAGGCGGAUCUAGCGGGUGCAGGCCUCAUCAAGGACAAACGCAUCAUGCCGUUCUGUCAGGGUAUCAAGCGAAAAGUGCUUGCGGAUGGGGAAGCGGCGUUCGACCGCUCUCUUCCGUUUUCUGAAAUCAAUGCCCUCAUCCUGCUCAAGCCAUACAUUCAGGCGUCGCUCAAAUUCCAGCAAUGUGAAAUUGUCGAGGCGCAAGGAGAGAUGACAGAUGGGUGGUCUCAAGAAAGGGCGGACAGUAGCGAGCCGGGAACGCCAGCCAUUCAAUUCUGGAAUCAGCAGUAG